AAAAAAAAGUUUCCCGGAAUUGAGAGUAUUUCUCUGAACUAGAUUCCAAUUUUAAUUAAAGAUUAAACCUCAAAUCCGCUAAAACCUCUGCUCCAUUUCUCUGACAUAAACCCACUUAUUUUUUACAUUUUAUUGCUUCUUCCCUCUCCUUCUCUCUCCUCCAUUCUUUCUCUCGAGUCUUGGAAUUCUCUAGAGCUCAGAGAAAUCAAAAGAACAAAAAACCGCAUAUAUAGGUAUAUUUGUAAGUUAUAACGUUACAAUAUAAGAACUUGUUUUUUUCUACGAAAACCCAGAAUUAUUCCAAGUAUAAAGUGAAAACAUCGAAGAAAUUGUUCCUUACUUUUCUGGGUAACAAUGGCUUGGAGAUUUCGACUCGUUUUUGCUGCUUCUCUUUUCUUAACUCUUCUGGAACUAUGUAGUGGUAGCACGAUUGGAAUUUGCUAUGGACGGAAUGGUGAUGAUCUUCCAACUCCUGAUAAGGCAGCAGAGCUGAUUAAGCAGCAGAACAUCAAAUUUGUCAGGAUAUAUGACUCCAAUAUUCAGGUUCUCAAGGCAUUUGCCAAUAGUGGAGUGGAGCUUAUGAUUGGUGUCCCUAACUCUGAUUUGCUUGCAUUCUCUCAAUUCCAAUCAAAUGUUGACUCUUGGCUCAAAAACAGCAUCCUCCCAUAUUAUCCGACCACAAAGAUCACAUACAUAACAGUUGGUGCUGAAGUGACUGAGGCCCCGAAGAAUGUCUCUGCCAUGGUUGUUCCUGCCAUGAAAAAUGUCUUCAUGGCCUUAAAGAAAGUCGGUCUGCAUAAGAAGAUUAAGGUUUCGAGCACCCACUCCCUCGGAGUCUUGUCUCGGUCAUUCCCACCUUCAGCUGGGGCGUUUAGUAGCCAUUUUGCAUACUAUCUAAAACCCAUGUUGGAGUUUCUUGCUGAGAACCAAUCACCUUUUAUGGUUGACAUCUACCCCUACUAUGCUUACAGAGAUUCCCCCACCAAUGUUUCUUUAGACUAUGCCCUUUUCCAAUCAACGUCGGAGGUCAUUGAUCCAAACACCGGUAUGCUUUACACAAAUAUGUUUGAUGCACAGAUCGAUGCUCUCUACUUUGCAUUGAUGGCUCUAAAUUUCCGAACCAUAAAAGUUAUGGUAACUGAAACGGGCUGGCCUUCUAAAGGAUCGCCAAAGGAGACAGCUGCUACUCCUGAUAAUGCGCAGAUAUACAACACCAACCUUAUUCGCCAUGUUAUCAAUGAUACAGGAACACCAGCUAAGCCAGGAGAGGAGCUUGAUGUUUAUAUCUUCUCGUUAUUCAAUGAAAACAGGAAGCCAGGGAUGGAGUCUGAGAGGAAUUGGGGUUUAUUUUACCCGGGUGGGACGAGUGUCUAUAAUAUGGAUUUUACUGGAAAAGGUGUUACCGAGAUGGCUAGUGGUGGAAAUUCUACCAAUAGUACCGAACCAACUUGGUGUAUUGCUUCAUCAAAUGUUACUGAGGCAGAUUUGAAAAAUGCCUUGAAUUGGGCUUGUGGACCAGGGGAUGUAGACUGUACAGCAAUACAGCCUAGCCAGCCUUGUUAUGAGCCUGAUACUUUAGUAUCUCAUGCUUCCUUUGCAUUCAACAGUUAUUACCAGCAAAAUGGAGCCACUGAUGUUGCUUGUGGUUUCGGAGGGGCAGGUCUUAAAGUUUCUAAGGACCCAAGUUAUGACAAGUGCCUGUAUUUGACUGCUGGGAGUAAGAAAACUUCUGCUUCGAGCAAUAUGAGUGCCACUGCUUCAACAGCAAUAGCUAUCCAGAAACACACUGCAUUUGAGCCAUGGAUUUCUGUUGCCCUGCUUUCACUUCUGCUGUCGUUUCUGUGAGAAUGUGGCUUUAGCGUUUCAGAAGCAUGGAUCGCCCUUAUUUCCUAAGGCCGGGAGUGUAGAUGUGAAUGCCCUGCCUAAGUUUUGUAUUAUGACCAUGUAAAUGGGAUGAUCUUAAACGGCGUACAUCUUCCCUCUUUGAAUGGGGUUUAACUUUAAGGCUAGGAUUUCUAACUGCACAUAUUGUAGUAGUGGGGACAUGAAUUUGGGACAGAGGAUUCAGACUCCAUAUUUAGCGCAUAAUUUUGCCUGCUUGGAAGGGAUUUGUUUGCCUCA